AUGCACAAAUAUUUCAGCUAUUUCAAUGCUAUCUUCUAUAGAAGAUUCAUGAUAUACAUGAGAAAUUCGUAUUUCCUUGCUAUAGGAUAUAUAGCUUUUCUUGUUUUAGCAAACUUUUCUGCAUUUAUUGGUAAUAAAACAAUCCAGCUUGAGUGGAACGAUGGAAACUAUGCGAUAUCCGAUGCAAAACUGAAAGGAAAACAUAUCAUUGCUAGAGUUUUGUCUUCAUAUUGUACAAAUGAAACUUGCUAUCCCGAAAUUGGCCAAACGCUUCAACAAAUCCAUAAAAAAGAAACGUCAAAUGAUAUAGAAAUACGAAACUUUUAUUCUUUUGAAGAAGUAGAAAGUUUCAACAGCCAAUAUAAAAAAGAUUAUUCAACUACUGAUGAUGUGAUUGUUCUUGCAUAUGAAAUAGAUAAUAAAACCAAUUUAACACGCAUGGAGAACGGAACAGUUAAUGGUCCUGUUAUAAUUAGAGUUGAAUCUACUCAUUAUGAGACUGAAUCUCAUGUUUUGUUAAUCAGACGUGCAUUAGUUAAUUACCUUAAUAAUACAGAUCUUGCAAUCGAUGAAAAUACACUUACAACUGUUCAGGACACAAAUAAAAUGGAUGAUCAGUAUUCUAUUGAUAACAAUGGUGAAUGGUUCUACCUACUUGGAUUUGUAGCAUUUAUGUUUUUGCUUUUCUCAAUUACACAAGAAGAUAUCAAAUCUAUUAAAAGAAAAUACCUUAUUACAUGCGGAAUGUCAGUAAUUCCAUAUUGGUGUGCAUCAUUUACAUUAGAUAUGCUUUUAUUGCUUCCUGUUGCCUUAAUUACUGAUAUAAUUUGGACAUUUACUUAUUAUAAUCUUUAUCCUGCAGCAUUUGUUGGUUGUUUCUUUUCCAUUGUUUAUUCUUUCAUCCCUAUCAUCUUAUUUUACUAUGUAUGGUCUUGGUUCUUUUGGAACAAGUACAUUUCGUAUUUAUUAUCAAUUUUCAUACAUAUAACAACAUAUGUAGUAAUCAGAUUCUUUGCAUUCAAGAAUGAUACAAGGACUGCUGCAAUAUCUAUACUGAGUGUCUCUUCUUCAGUAAGUAAUGUAGUAUCUGGCCGAUCAGGAAUGAGAUUUGUUGGUUGUUCAAUAAAUAUCGUUCUUUACUUGAUGCUUUUGGCCAUUUUUGAAAUUGUUUCUUACAUAAGAAGAAGAAAUGGAAAAUAUUUUGAUAUGCAAAGGUUCAUUGAAGCAAAGAGAGGAAGAAGAUUGAUGCCAGAAGCCUUGGAGAUGGAAGAAUCAGUACUUAAUUCUAAAUCCGAUGAUUAUUUCAUCAAGAUUCUUGGUGUAUGUAAGCAUUUCCCAUCUAAAAUUGAUAAUCCAGUUAUCGCUGUCAAUCAUGUGUCUAUAGGUAUCAAGCAAAAUUCAUUGUUUGGCCUCCUGGGAGCAAAUGGUGCUGGUAAAACAACAUUAAUGAAUUUAAUUCUCGGAGAAAUGCCAGUAGAUACCGGAUCUAUCUAUGUUAAUGGUAAUGACAUCCGAAAUGAGAUCAAGAAAUCAACAAUUGGCUAUUGUCCCCAGUUUUCGGAUCAUUUAUCUGAUGAAUUAACAAUUUAUCAGACAUUGAACUUCUUCGGUAUCUUCUUUGGCAAGGAAAAGGAAGAACGCGAUGAUAAAAUUGAAGCUUUGAUGAAUUCUCUUAAUUUGGAUAUUCAUCGUGACGCAGUAGUCAAAGAUCUCCCACCACCUCUCAAGCAGAAGCUUUGUGUUGCUAUUCCUUUCCUUUCUAAUGCAAAUUUCAUCAUUCUUGAUGAGCCAACUUCAGUAUUGGAUCCAAUUAGCCGCAGAAAGGUCCACCAUUUGAUCAAUAUGAACAAAGGAGAGAAGACAUUCAUAUUGUGCACUCACAUGCUUGAUGAAGCUGAAAAUCUUUGCGAUGAAAUCACAAUUAUGAUUGAUGGUUGCAUUUACUCAAUCGGAACGCCAUCUUUCUUCGCAAACAAAUACGGAAAGGACUUUAAGAUUGAUAUUUUGAUCAAUCCUUCAAACGACAAAAAUUCUGAAGUUGACCAGUUGAUUUCUGAUAGAUUGCCAUUGGCAAAGGUCAUGAUUAACCAUGGCUGCUCCAGAGUUUACAAUAUUCCAUCGAAUUCCAUAACAAUUUCGAAAUUAUUCAGAACUCUCCAAGACAUAAAGGAUAUGAAUAUUGGAUUGGAGUGUUUCACAUGUUCUGUGUCCAACUUGGAGAAAACUUUCUUAGAAUUAGGUGAACAAGCAAAAAAAGAUAUUUCGGACUAA